CAUUUAUAUCCGUAGGAUUGGCCGUGUUUUUUUGUAAUGAUUUUGUUGAAUGUGUCAUUCCCAAAAAGUUAAAACUGGGACGAUAUGGAGGUUUUCAAUAAGUUCUAUUCAUCGGUCAGUAACACAGUGUCUCAGUUGUCCGGUGUGCUGCCCGGGAACCCUGUAACACGAGAGUUUGAGGCUACGCAGUUCAUCGCCAGCGCUGGGCCAGGUUUACUAUGGAAAAUUUACAAAGGGUACAAGAAAUCGACGAAACAGGAAGCCUCCAUAUUUGUGUUCGAGAAGAAAUUACUUGACAGGUUUACAAAGGCAGAUCGAGACAUAAUGCUCGAAACCUUGAAGCGAGGUAUCGUCCAGCUUACUAAGCUGCGGCACCCUCAGAUCCUGACAGUCCAGCACAGCCUCGAGGAGAGUCGAGAGAGCUUGGCCUUUGCUACAGAACCCGUUUUUGCGAGCUUAGCUAACAUACUUGGUAAUAUGGAAAACAUGCCGCAGCCACCGCCGAACCAUUUAAACAAUUACAAACUUUAUGAACUAGAAAUCAAGUAUGGUCUAAUGCAAGUAGCAGAAGGAUUAGCUUUCCUACAUAAUGAUGUAAAACUUUUACACCAUAAUAUUUGUCCAGAAUCUAUUAUAGUUAAUCAGCAAGGAGCUUGGAAGAUAUUUGGAUUCGACUUCUGCAUUGCAAAUCAAAGUUCCCCAGGGGCUGCUCCAUAUUGGCCAUUUAACGAGUACUGCCAAGCCAUGCAUGCAUUAACCCAGCCGUCCCUAGACUACCUCGCUCCAGAGUAUAUUCUCUCUGCCUCACAUUCCCCUGCAAGUGACAUCUAUUCUCUUGGCAUGGUGAUCUAUGCCACACACAGCCCGAAUCACCAGACUCUAGGCAACAUUGUGAGUGAUUAUGGAAAGUUUAAGAGGUUUGCCAAUGAGUUGAGGAACCUGUCUCCAUCCCGGUUGUCCUGUGUGGCUGAUGGGCUCAGGGAAUAUGUCAAGUUAAUGCUUAAUGUUACUCCUGAAUUGAGACCUGAUCCUCAUCAGUUCUUGAAGAUACCAUAUUUUGAAGAUGUUGGAGUAAAGACACUGAACUACUUGGACUCCUUAUUCCAAUGGGACAACCUGCAGAAGUCCCAAUUCUACAAGGGCCUUCCUCAGAUCAUUCAAAAGAUGCCACACCGCAUCUGCAUCUACCGGAUUCUCCCAUGUCUCACUAAAGAGUUUGUGAAUGCCCCAAUGGUGCCAUUUGUGCUACCAAAUGUCUUGCUAAUCGCUGAAAAUUCCACUAAAGAGGAAUUCAUAAAGUAUAUAUUACCAGUUUUAAAGCCGGUGAUGUUAAUACAAGAUCCAAUACAGAUACUGUUAAUAUUCAUGCAGAAGAUGGAGUUAUUACUAAAACUGACGCCCGGUGAAGAGGUGAAGACGGAUAUAUUACCAAUGUUGUACAGAGCGUUGGAAUCUGAUGCUCAGCAGAUCCAAGAGCUAUGUUUGUCAGUGUUACCUACAUUUGCAUCACUUAUUGAUUACCCAGCAAUGAAGAACGCUUUACUCCCCCGCAUUAAAAAGCUCUGCCUGGGCACCAAUUAUCUCGCAGUGAGGGUCAACUGUUUGCUGUGCAUCGGGAAACUGUUGGAACACCUGGACAAGUGGCUGGUGCUGGAUGAGAUCAUUCCCUUCCUGCCGCAGAUACCCUCGAGGGAGCCUGCUGUAUUGAUGGGCAUCUUAGGUAUCUACAAGCUAGCCCUAAGCCACCAGAAGCUCGGCAUCACCAAGGAAGUAAUGGCGACCAAGGUGCUGCCCUUCCUGAUGCCGCUCUGCGUCGAGAACGGACUGACCCUGAGUCAGUUCAACGCGCUCAUCUCGCUGGUGAAGCAGAUGAUCGGGAAAGUGGAGGCGGAACACCGGGCCAAGUUGGAGCAACUUAACUCGAUACAGAAUGAAUCCAAAGGAAUGGAGGCGCUAGUGAACUCCACCACGUCACCGGACACUUUAGUAUCGGCGCCGGCGCCGGCCUCCGACGUCGAACAGUUAUUCGCGGGGCUCGGCCUGCAGGGCUCCGCGCCUACAGGCUCUUUGACCGGCAGCGGGGGCUCGCUUACAGCCACAGGAGGGUCUCUAUCAAUUGAAGAUAAACAAAGAAUAGCGCAGCAGCAAAAGGUGGCACAGAAAAUGAACCACCAACCCCUCCCCACCCCCACUCCUAUUUCCAAACCUCCCCCCUCCCGCCCCGUCGACCUAACCUCCUCCCUCCUACAGUCCAACCUCAACCAACUCUCACACAAACCCCCUCAAAAUACCCCAAACUAUAACCCCGUACUGCAAUCUCCCGGAACGACACCACAAUACCAACAGUUUAACCAAAUACAGUCUCCAAGUACACAAUUUAACCAAAUACAGUCUCCGACAUCGCAAUUUAAUCAGUCUACAGGCUUCAAUCCUAGCUUACAGUCCCCACAAUAUAACAUACAGCCAAAUUACCAGUUACAAAAUCAAAAUCAGCCAUUGACUGGGCAAAAUUGGCCGCCUAGUGCCCCUAGCGGGAACUUUGACAAUAAGUGGGCGAAUAAUCAGAAUAACCAGACGAAAAUGAAGCAGGAUUGGUCGGCAUUCGAGUCGCUUCUGCCGACUAGUGAGAAUGGAAAUGUAAAGAAAAGUGAAAAUGAAAUGAUGGAUUUGUUAAGUUAGGUUUUGAGUUUGACUGCACCAUCACGUACCAUCGUCCAUGAUGUCCAUGUAUCUAAUUUGUCUGACGCAUUUGUUUUAUGAAGAGGCGUUAUAUUGGGCUAGAUAAUUUAGGGCUAUUAUUGUGUCACGUAUUAUUACUAUUAUUACAUUAUUGCAGGUGUAUAACAAAUGUCAUUCCACUUGUAAAUUGUAAAGUUUCGUAUGAAAGCAAACGGUUUUUAAUAAACUAGAAUGUAACGCAUAUAAAAUAAUCAUUCCACGGCUGUUUUGUACGUAGUUAGUGUUAAAAUAGGGUUCUUUAUAGCAUGAGCUUUACACCUCACACCUAACACACAAUGUACAGUCAGCAUAGAACAUUUAUUGAUUGUAUAAUAUUUGUGACGUCAGCUAAUGUAGAGGGCGCCAUACAUGCUAUAGACCGACCGCUUACACGAGUCCUCGCCCGCGCGGUACGGGGGCGACGGGGUAUGACGACGUGCGGCGGCGGGGAAGGUGCGGGCGCCGUACAUCAGACCACCCAAUACUAUGGUACCUUUUGCUUAAAAACGUCACAAAGUCAAAAGUGUGUAGUGCCCACUGCUGGGCGUGGGACUCAACUUUAUGUGUAUAUCGAGCUUGUUUCAUACUUUACACCACAUUUUAGUUUGGAGAAAGACGAUCAUAAAUUAUAAUUAAAGGUAUUUAUUUAUGUUUAUCCUUAUCGGCAACUAUUUAUUAAAUUUGCAACCUAUGCUUGUUAAUAAAAUAAUCUUAUGAUUUCUGAAAUGUGCUAUUCUAGUUCUAAAUAGUCUUAGUUGCUUACUAUUGAAGGCUAUUAAGUUUAAAUAAAAUUGUGAAAUCGUAAUAUGUCAGAAAUGUUAUGUAACGUACGUAUUUGUACGUAAUGCAUUUCGCCUACACUUUAUAUUUAAAGAUAUUUCAUUUUAUUUGUUGUAAUAGUUAACUCAUUCAUGUAACUGUCUCGAUUUUAAAAGUAUCUGAAAGAAAACUGACACACGUCAAGCAUCAAUAAUAAUGAUAUUUUACUGUCACCAUUAUUGACGUUGUCUGUACAAACCAUUUUCGACCUUAGGUAAUAGUGGACAAGGUUUUUUUUUAUUUGGAGCACACGGUAUAUUUCUACAAUAUAUUUUGUAACGAAAAACUAUAUAUAAUGUUUAAUAUAGAUUAAUUGUUAUUUUAAAUUACAGCAAUUAACACAAAUGUAUGUGAAAUGAAUUCAAUAGACAUGUAAAAUAUAAAAUAUUUUAUUUAUCGACAUCAGUUAUGUUAUAAACACGAUUUGAUCUCUUAUGAACUAAUAAAAGACGUAAAUACAAA